AUGGACCGGUUCUGCUCCUUAGUCGAGCGUGGCAAGCAUGAGGAAGCCAAAGCUCAGCUUCUUAAGCUCAGAGGAGUUCCUAAUGUUGAUGAGGAGUUUAAUGACCUAGUUGCAGCCAAUGAAGCAUCCAAGUUGGUAAAACACCCAUGGGUUACCUUGUUGAGCAGGAAAUAUAGACCCCAGCUUGUGUUUGCAAUCGGCAUCCCCGUCUUCCAGCAACUCACCGACACGAACGUCAUCACGUUUUAUGCUCCUGUGUUGUUCAAAACAAUGGGGUUUGGAAGCAGUGCUUCUCUCAUGGCAGCUGUCAUCACCAAUCUGGUUAAUGCUUUAGCUACAUUUGUCUCAAUUCUCACAGUUGAUAAGGUUGGAAGGAGGAAGCUUUUCUUACAGGGUGGUUGCCAAAUGCUCCUCAUGCAGACGACGGGAAACCACCGUCGUGUAGAAGGUUUUCAAAUCGUUGUGAAAUCGACUGCCAUCUUUUAUACUAACAACAACGACGGUUAA